UAGCAAAAAUACAAAAUGGCAUACAAUUUAUGUGAAAGAUUCCCAAAAGUGAAACAGCCAAUUCAACUACUAGAUCCUGGUUCCUAUCAAAAUGUGAAUUCGUUACCAGUAAAACCAAAUAAAGUAGCAUUCCUCUCAAAAGUACCACGUAAUACUCAAUCUGGCUACAAAAUAUGGACACAUGCUCUUUAUUUUGGGGACAUUAAACCGAAAAUUCCUAAUUGCACUACGAUUUCGUCAAUAACACCGCGGUUUGCGUACGAAAAAGAUAAAAACGAAGACUUUGAAGAAGUUUUAUGUCAAUGCGGAGCACAAAAUCCAUGUAAUUGUUCAGUCGGUCUAGAGAAAACUGACAUUGAAGAUGAAAUAAAGUGUCAUAAAAAUGUUCGUAGACGAAUAUUCAAAGGACAAACUAUUAGAUCAGCACUAAAAGAAGGACUUUCGAUUCCUUCUAAAAAGGACUUCGGAUUUAAUAUAUUACCAAACGGUUCCAAAAAACGUAUAUUUAAACCGAUUAAAGAAGACUGUCCUCCAUUUUACGACGCAAGGGUUAUGGAAUCAACUGCCUUUUAUCACGGUUGUAAAUGGAGUAAAUGGACAUCGCAAAGAAGUGACAAGUCAAUGAAACUCAAUCCCGGGCCAGCAGAUUACAAUAUUGAUGGACAUCCAGCCAGUCGCGAGUUUAUGUGCAUCGAAAAGAUUAGAGCUUUAAAGCGUAAAACUUCUAAACAACUUCGAUUUAUUGAAAAAGUUCAACGUCAAAAUAUUUUAGAUGCUUUACCUGGACCGGCUAGUUAUAGACCUACGUUUCCGAAAGGCACCGAUUUAAACUUUCUUGGACCUAAAGCGAAGAGAUUUUUGCCUUCUAAAUGUGAUGAUAUACCUAAUCCUACAUCGUAUUUUAUAAAAAGAGAUUUCGAUAUUGAUAGUUCACCUAUUAAACCUUGUCUUGCGAAUUUGCCUAUUCCUGCACCGUUUGGAGUAAAAGCUCGUAGAUUUAAAUACAGAUCUGGAGAAGGACCAAGUCCAGCUAGCUAUACCAUAAAUAAUCCACUAUGUCAAAUUACACAUUGCAAUAAAGCACCAUUCGGUUCCCUUUCGAAAAGAUUUAAAAAUAGCUUUGAUAAAGAUACUCAAGCCUAUGAUGAUGAAAAUUUUGAAAAUGAUUCUACAAAACAAGACCAACUUCACAGUAAAAUUAAUUUUCCCACAUGGGUAUUUAAGUCAAAAACCAUUCGAAUGAAACCUUUAAUUAAAAUGAAUUUUGAACCCAGACCUACCGAUUUACCUAUUUCACGUGGAUCAACUAAGAAAAGGCUGCUUCAGUUCCAGUACAAUUGUCCUUUUUAUUCAUCUGAAGCACGAUUUCAAAAUUGGUUUAAUUGGAUACCCGUAAAAAGCCAGAAUAAGACUCCUGGUCCAGCUUACUACAAUGCUGAGAAACAAAAGUGUUUGCCUGCCGUCAGAAAUGGCCCAAUAUGUCAAUCCGAACGUUUUACUUCCCAUGCAACACAAACUCCUGCUCCUAAUGCAUAUAACGUUGAAGGAGGCCUGGAAAAUAUACUAACUACUUACAAUGAAACAUUGAAAAACAAUGUCAAAAAUAAACAUAAAUACAUCUGGAAGAUUCCUACGGAACAAAGGAAAUUAAGUUUAGAUGAACAAGUAGGUAUAUUACUAAACAAAUCUAUAGCUCUAUUAGAUGUACCAGAUGUUUUUGAAUAUUCAAAAUGUGAAGAUAUAAAAAAUACUCAGCCACCGCCAGACGAAACUGAAACUGAACAAACGAAAUUAUUACGUUGUUUCCUUUACGCCAAACAAGUCAAACAGUACUAUAAAGAGAAAUAUUCAUAUCCCAUCAUGGCUACGUUAGGAGCUUUACAUUUAACAAAAAAUACAGGAGCAAAACAUACUGCAACAGUGAUAUUUUUUCACGGCUCAGGUGCUGCUGGUGAUCACAUGCAGGAAUGGGUAAAUUUAAUGGCCAAAAAUUUUUCUUUUCCACAUAUCAAAGUUCUUUAUCCGACAGCCCCACUGCAACCUUACACUCCUGCAGGUGGUUUAAUGAGCAAUGUUUGGUUUGACCGUAUUGAUAUUAGUCAAAAAGUUCCAGAGAUAGAAAAAUCACUGAAAAACAUUGAGGUCCAUGUCAGAAAUUUAAUUAAAAGCGAAAAUGACAUUGGUAUACCUAACAACAGAAUCAUAGUUGGUGGUUUUUCAAUGGGUGGUGCGUUAGCUCUUCACACGGCAUACAGAUGGGAAUCUAACUUAGCUGGAGCAUUCGCAUUUAGUUCCUUUCUCAAUGAUAAUUCUUUUGUAUAUAAAGAACUUACAAAAUUGCAAAAGAAUGUACCUCUUCUUCAAAUACAUGGGGACAUUGAUGACUUAGUGCCUACCUCUUGGGGCAAAAAUACCUUCAAUGAGCUCAAAGCUCUUGGAGUACAAGGAGAGUUUCAUGUUAUGGAGAGGUUGGGGCAUUCAAUCAACAAAAAAGGGUUACACAUUAUCAAGGAUUGGAUAGAAAAGUUGUUACCUAAUUCAUAACAAUAAGAAUAUGUUUUUAAAUUGUUAUUUAUAGACAAAAUCGGAAUAAAAAGGUUAUAUUUAAA